CUUGCUGUUGGCACAUAUUCGCCCAAAUAUCACGCUUGUACUCGAAGCAGUUAGGGUCGCGGCCGCCAAAAGUAGUGAAGUGUCCGAGGUCGCAUUGUCACCCAUGAAAGAAUAUCCUCGUCGAGGAGAUCCCGAAGAGCGUUCUGUGGCUCCGUACUUCAAGGUUGACGCUCCUACGUUCUCUUUGGCGUGAUACUUGUAACGAGGGAAAAGCAGAAUUUGUACAAAAAUCGAAAAAGUCCAAUUCACAAGUUGUCAUCCUCGAUCAACGCAGGUUCUACAUCAGGAGAAUAGGAAACGAACGGGAGGAAGGUGGAAUUCACGGCAGCGACGCCGGCAGGAUACCACCUUGCGUUUACCAAUGAACGCGGAGCUUCAUCAGGAACAAUACCGCGGCAAUUGCAGCAGCAGAACCAGGAAGCGACGGCACUGCGACGGCAUAUCCCCGAAAGAAAACCUCUGGCCCGCGAGUACCUUCAGGACGUCCAGCGACUUGAGCGGUGAUCAUGGGACUCGACUUCCUGGCAGACGGAGGUGCCGACUUCGAGCAUGCAAUUACCGUAACAGGUUUCGGAAGAUUUCAUUACAUGCUGUUGGCGAUCUGUGGCCUGAUCUACAUGGACACAGCGAUUGGCGUGACGAUACUCUCAUUUGUGCUUCCAGCGGCGCAAUGCGAUCUGCAAAUGGACUCCACCGCAAAGGGUUGGCUAACUGCCUCUCCUAUGCUAGGUAUGGUAAUCGGCUCAUAUUUUUGGGGAUGCCUGGCUGACACAAAGGGCAGGAAGAUUGUGUUAAUCGCUACGUUGUUGAUGGACGGCAUCGUGGGCAUUGUAUCUUCGUUCGUUCAGCACUUUUGGAUAUUCCUAGUUUUCCGGUUCUUCAAUGGCUUCGCCGUGACCGGGGCUAUGGGUAUUUGCUUCCCGUAUCUUGGGGAAUUUCAACCCACAAAGUACCGCGAACGCGUUCUCUGCUGGAUGGAGAUGUUCUGGACGAUCGGCGUGAUAGUCUUACCGCUGAUCGCUUGGUUAAUCAUCCCCAUGGACUUCAUCAUGUACAAGAGCGAGACAUUUUACUUCAAAUCCUGGAAUCUCUUCGUCGCACUUUGUGCUCUGCCGUCGCUCAUGCUCGGUCUGUGGCUUUUUGCUUUUCCGGAGAGCCCCAAGUUUCUACUGGAGUGCGGCGAGACCGACGCGGCCCUCGAGGUGUUCAAGUGGAUCUACUCGCAAAACACCGGCGCUGAUCCCGAUACCUAUCCGGUGAAAUGUCUACAGGAAAAGAUAAAGCACCAAGAUAAGAGCACCAGGACACUUAAGCUACACAAGCGGAAGGACCUGAAAGUCCUCUUUAUGGAAAUACAAGAUCUGACGAGCGCACUUUGCAAGCCACCUUAUUUGCGCAACACGAUAAUCGCCUGUGCCAUUCAAUUUGGGCUCACCAGCAGCUAUUACACGCUAAUGGUCUGGUUCCCGGAAUUGUUCACCAGAUUUGAACACUUCGAACACACAAGACCCGGCGAAACUACAUCGGUAUGCAUUGUGUCCGCUCUGACAGACAAUGGAACCAUCUUUGAUCCUUAUGGUUGUGACUCGACCAUCGCACCCUCUGUUUAUCUGCACACCGUGUACAUUGGCUUAGCAUGCAUUCCCGGCUCCAUUAUUCUGCCCAUCUUCGUACAUAAAUUAGGAGCCAAAUUCUUCUUGAUUAUGUCAUUGGUGGUUUCCGGCGCGGUAACAGUGGGUUUUUACUACGUGGUGAACUCGAUGCAGAAUCUGGUGCUCUCGUGCGUGUUCGAAGCCCUCACGUCCCUCGGGAUCUCUUUAGUUUAUUGCGUGAUUGUUGACAUGUUUCCGACGAAUCUCAGAGUAAUGGCAGCUGCUUUGUCACUGACGAUGGGCCGGCUAGGCGCUUUGGUCGGCAACUUAGUGUUUGGUUAUCUGAUCGAUUUAGCUUGUGUGGUUCCCAUCGUGUUGUUCGCCGCCUUUUUAUUCGCCUGCGGUCUUUUAUCGUUCCUGCUGCCAAAAACUGGAAAGGAAACAUUGGAAUAGCAGAGGAAGAAUUUUUCGAUCUAGUUCAUGCGUUUCGCUCGGACGACUUGAAGAAUCUGUGCCUUGGACCACUCUUUUUUUAUGGUCCCGUUAUAUAUUUAUUAAUAAAUUUAUUUGUAAGAAAAAGAAA